AUGAUACCGGUGAUUAUUGGCGUUGCCGAUGUCAAGAAUCGGUCAACGGCAGUUGAGGAUGCAAAAGAGCCGGCGACUCUAAUGCUUGAGGCGAUUGAGGGAUGCAUCCAAGAUGCUAGCAUCUCAACUCAAUUUGCCGACGUUAUACGUUCCAGCAUCGAUAGUAUAGACGUCGUUCGUACUUGGACUUGGCCCUAUUCAGAUCUACCGGGACUUCUGUCCGAAAAACUGGGAAUUCAAACGAAGCAUAGAAGCUACAGUGAACACGGUGGAAAUCAGCCGGCUAAGCUGUUGGAUGAAGCUGCUCGUCGAAUCGCGACCGGCGAGAACAAAGUCGCCGUACUGACAGGAGCGGAAGCCUUGGCCUCUCUGGCUGCCUGCGUCAAAGCUGGAAAAGUCCCACCCCGUGGAUGGACCUCACCAGCAGAGUCGGUGGAAAGUGUAUUCUCGCCGACUACCAGGGAGUUAGGGAAGGACAUUGGUGGCAUACAUUCCGUGGGCGCACCUAUCCAUAUUUAUCCAUUGUAUGAGAACGGAUUCCGCGCUCAUCGUGGCCAAUCGAUCAAGGACAACCAUGACGAGUCGACCGCCCUUUACGCAGGAUUUAGCAAAGUCGCGGCUUCCAACCCGAAUUCGUGGAAUUAUGGUAAAGGAGAGGAGUCUUUACAGACAAUUGGAACGGUGUCCGAAAGGAAUCGCAUGAUCUGUUUUCCAUAUCCACUUUUGAUGAACGCCUUCAACACUGUCAACUUGGGGGCGGCCUGUAUCUUGACCUCCGCCGAAUUUGCCCAGGAACUACAGGUUCCGCGUGAGAAAUGGAUAUAUCCACUUGGAGGUGCUGGAUUCAAGGAGCGCGAAUUAUUUUGGGAGCGACCCAAUUUCUUCGAAAGCUCGGCCAUCUCGAAGUCACUCGAUCAGUGUCUUCGUGCCAGCGAGCUCACUGCUAAUGAAAUCGAUCUCUAUGAUUUCUACUCCUGCUUUCCCAUCGUGCCAAAACUUGCCUGCCAUCAUCUGGGUCUGUCCAUCACCGAGCCAAAGAAACCCAUCACGGUCCUUGGUGGGCUCACUUUCUUCGGGGGCGCUGGGAACAACUACUCGAUGCAUGCACUCACUGAGAUGGUACGACGUUUGCGUCGAGGAGCCGGGCAAACUGGGCUGAUUUUGGCCAACGGGGGAUUUUUAUCCUACCAGCAUGCCAUCUGCAUUUCGACCCAGCCUCGAAAGAAUCAGAACUUCUAUCCGGACAGCAUGGAGCUGUCUUCUGGACCAUCGGACCGGAUUCCACCCAUAAAUUCAGAGGCGGAUGGAGAAGCGAGAGUGGAGUUGAAUACAACCGGGAUGGCAGCCCUGAACGAGCUUACAUCGUGGGACGAUUGA